ACUGUGCUAUUGUCGAAUGUAUAAAGCGUGCCUGAAGAGUCAUAUUAUAUAAUACUUGCAAACAGCUCUUAGGGUCCUAUUUUAUAAUAUUUAAGUCGCUUUACUUUUUAGCUCGUAGUUUAUUGGGUAGGCAGGCCAUGGCUUUUGUCCCGCUGCCAUGGAGUACAUAUAUUUGCAGAGGAGGCUCCAAGGCUGGAAGCUUGCACUGCAUUUCUCCUCAUCCUCCUCCUCCUGUUAAGAAGUAUCGGUUUCUUCGACCAAGGUGCGAUUCGAGUGAUGCGAAGCCGCUCUCGUUGAGAAGGGUAUUGCUGGACAAGGCAAGCGACAUUCUAACAAAUCUGUACAGAGACAGAGGGGAAAGCUAUGGCACCAUGCCCGUAGCUGGAGGUGCCCUUUCCGACCUCGUUGGUCGUCCAUUGUUCCUCUCUAUAUACGAUUUCUUUCUCAAGCAUGGAUUAGUAUACAAGGUUUCUUUUGGACCAAAAGCCUUUGUCAUUGUGUCAGAUCCCAUUGUUGCUCGCCAUAUACUUCGUGAAAAUAUGUUUGGUUAUGACAAGGGAAUUCUUGCAGAUAUCUUGGAGCCAAUAAUGGGAAAGGGACUUGUACCUGCUGAUCUUGAUACUUGGAAGAAGAGGAGAAAAGCUAUUGCUCCUGCUUUUCAUGUUAUGUACUUAGAGGCCAUGAUCAAAAUAUUCAUAGGAUGCACAAGACGCACCAUGGUGAAGUUUGAAGAGUUGUUUCAUGGAGAUAAUUUGUCUGAAGGGCAAUUUAUUGAAGUGGAUCUUGAAGCUGAGUUUUCAAGUUUAGCACUUGAUAUUAUUGGGUUGGGCGUGUUCAACUAUGACUUCAGAUCGGUAACAAAAGAAUCACCGAUUAUCAAGGCACUUUAUGGUACUCUGUCUGAAGCUGAACAUAGAUCAACGUUCUAUGUUGCUUACUGGAAACUUCCUUUUGCAAAAUACAUAGUUCCUCGCCAAAGAAAAUUUCAUAGUGACAUCAAGCUUAUCAAUGAUUGCCUUGAUACACUUAUCUCCAAUGCGAAAGAAACAAGACAAGAAGCUGAUGUUAAAAAACUUCAAGAUACAGAUUAUGGUAUUUUGAAGGAUGCAAGUUUACUGAGGUUCCUUGUUGAUGUAAGGGGGGAGGAUGUUGAUGAUGUCCAGCUUCGAGAUGAUCUGAUGACAUUGCUCAUUGCUGGACACGAAACUACGUCAGCAGUUCUUACAUGGACAAUCUUUCUACUUGCGCAUCACCCCUCCAAAAUGAGGAAGGCUCAAGCAGAGAUUGAUGCUGUACUUCAAUCAAGUGAAUUGAAUUUUGAAAGUCUUAAGAAUUUGGAGUAUAUUAGGCUUAGUGUUGUGGAGGCUCUGCGUUUGUAUCCUCAACCACCACUACUCAUUAGACGUUCACUCCGGCCUGAUAUUCUGCCAGGUGGAUUGACUGGAGAUAAAAAUGGGUAUUCAAUUCCUGCUGGGACUGAAAUCUGUCUUUCUGUAUAUAACCUUCACAGGUGCCACUAUUUCUGGGAUCGACCACAUGAAUUUGAGCCAGAGAGAUUCUUGAGACCCAAGAAAAGUGAAGUCGAAGGGUGGGCGGGGUUUGAUCCACAGCGAAGCCCUGGAGCCUUAUACCCAAAUGAGAUCAUCUCAGAUUUCGCUUUUCUCCCAUUUGGUGGUGGACCACGCAAGUGCCUGGGAGACCAAUUUGCCCUCAUGGAGUCCACGAUUGCACUAGCAUUGCUGCUGCACAGGUUUGAUGUAGAGCUGAGGGAUCCCCCAGAAUCUAUGGAGGCAGUCACUGGGGCCACCAUCCAUACAAAAGAUGGCCUAUGGUGCAAGUUAAGGAAAAGGAGGCCUAAUGCCAUGAACCGGUAGCUUCUGCUUUUAUUUCUAUAUUACGUAAUUCUUUUAUGCCAUUUGUUUUGGUCUUUUGAAAUGGUAAAUGGAAUGAGAAUGUCUCUCUCAUGUUUCAUUGUCCGGAAGUGAUGAUGGCUAUGUACCUGUAUUUAACUUUAGAUUCUUAAUUGACCUCCUCAAUCGUAAUGUCCUUAUGACGAAAGCACUCGAAGCUCUAGUUC